AUGAGCAAAUUCAUUGGCGAACAAAUCACCAUCAAAAACAACUUUGGCAAGUACCUCUCAGCACAACCAAAUGGAACUGUUAUAGCUAACAGAGACUUGCCACAACAGUGGGAAACCUUUGAGAUUGUAGAAGCUCCACAGAACAAAGUUGCUUUGAAGACUUGCCACGGCAAAUAUCUUUCGAUCAAUCCAAGAAAUACAUUAGAGGUAUGCGCACCACACAUCAAAGAAUGGGAGUUCUUAGAAAUCGUUAAGACCUCAGAUAAGAAGUACACAAUCAAGUCAUAUCACGGAAAGUACUUGUCUUCUGCUAUGAACGGUGAACUUACAGCCGGUAAAAUGAUUGCUGCACAAUCAGAGAAAUUUGAGAUCAAAACUAUUGGCUCAAAGCCAAAGUCUAAAAAGUUUGCUGGAACGACCAUCGCCAUCAAAUCUUUCCAUGGAAAGUACCUCACUGCUACACCAGCCGGCGACAUCAGUGCAACUGCACCACAUCUCAAGGAAUGGGAGAAGUUCCAAGUCAACAUGGUACCAAACGAUAAGACACAAGUCGGAUUCAGAAAUUGGCAUGGAAAGUAUGUCUCAGCCAACCCCAAUGGGAAGAUGGAGAAAUGCUCAACUAAUUUCAAAGGUUGGGAAUGGUUCAUCAUAGAAAAGUCACCAGAAAAGAAGAUGUAUACCAUCAAAACACCAACUGGAAAGUAUUUGUCCGCUCAACCAAAUGGCGUUUUGACUGCUGACAAAGCAAUUGCUCAAAGCUGGGAGUGGUUCACAAUUGAGAAGGCACUUUAA